AUGUCUGAUGAGGACUCAGAAUUGAAUUAUUCAUAUGAUGGAUCUUUUCAUGGUGAUAAUAGUGAAGCAAACAGCGUAAGUGACUGUGAGGAAUACGCUUUUGAGGGUAAUUUUUUGCCCUACCAAGACGAGCCAUUGGCUAGCACUGAGGAUGAAGGCAGCGACGAAGAACACCACGACGAGGAUGGAAUUUCACGGGAUGUUUUGGAGCAACGCUACGAAAGACAAAUUCCAAUAGAACAGUGGUGUACCUGUGGUGGUUGUGAGGACUCCCUUCUUGUUGGUUCGAGAGAAUUUCGUUGUUGCAAGGAAAUACUUGAAGCUACAGGAAAAUUUACUUUCGAGGGAAUGAAUGCUGCAUGUAUUUUGAGCCACCAUGACUUUGGUCCACUGACUAAUAAGACAGUUUUGCUGCAAGUUGGACCUUUACUGAGAGACAAAAGUGGGAAACGCUACACGAAAUAUGGUCAUACAGAAAAUGAAUUUCUGCGAGCUGUUGCCUACAGAUGGCUAGCCAGAUGGUUGUUUGGUGAAAUGGGAUGGGAAAACACUAGACCUCUUUCUGCCUGCAUAUAUCACAACAUAAGGAAGACAUUCCCAACAAGCAGCUCUGUCGGGUAUUCGUCUGGUAAAGAAAGAGCCACAGAACAGGACAUUGAUGAGUAA